UGAGCGGGUAAAGGACAAAAAAGACAUUUUACAACAUUUCUUUUUUCUCUCUAAUCUCUUCAUAUCUGUCGCAGUCUAUAUAUACAGACUUGAUUUCAUAAAGAGAAAAAAGUCACCUACUACCCGUGUAGUGGAUUUUUCCGUCUCUUUCUCUGUCCUUGCUUUUGCUUUUUCACUUAAUUAGGUUCUUCUUUGAAGAAAGGUUUUAUUGUAUGGCCGCCAAUUCGAAGAGUACUCAAGGGAUCGCCAGCUUGGGAAAGCGAGUUAUCUCUCAGAUCUGGACCGCCAACUCGGCUCGCGCUGCUUCUGUUUCCACUGCCAGGAGGACAGCACACACGUCAACAUACGACAGGAACUUUGAUGAUCAGGUUGCUGCGAGUGUGGUCCCGGACGAUGUGAUCCAGCCCCUAUCUGAUAAGUACUGGGCACCUCACCCACAAACUGGUGUUUUUGGGCCUGCCACCGAGCAAAACUCGGCGGCAGGCAAAGAUCGCAUCUCCAACACUGGUGAGAGCUCGGUGUUGGAAGAAACGGCUUGGUUCCGCCCCACCAGUCUGGAGGACCCCGAGAAGCCUAACCAAGCUUGAGAAAAGCACAAGUGUGUGCUCCCUAGUUUAUGGUAUUGCUAAUAAAUAAAUGGUCUAUUGUUGUAAUAAUAUAAUAUAAGCUGCUGGAUUCGAACUAGUUUUAUAUGCGCAGUUGCAAACUUAUACGAUGAGUUGCAACUUGAGUGAUGUACGGAUGCUUUAUUUUAUAAACUACUUGUUUGUGAUAUUGGCUUUUUCUA